AGAGCAACUGUACGUUCUAAUAAUAAUAAACAACACACCUUUGCCAUUGAGGUUAUUGGCCAGUUAUAAAUACAUCAGGAUUUGUUCGAAAACAGCUCUAAAGAUUUGGUCAAUUCUCUUUCCAUGCUUUUAUAAUAAAUUAUAUAUUGAACCACAGUGUUUCCGAAUCUAGAUAUUUAAAUCAACCUUGAUGUAAUACUUUCGCGGCUUUUUUUGAGCUAUCCACCAGAGGGCGGUAGCGUACAGGAAGUGAUAUCAUGUGUCAGUUCUCGAAGAGGGUAGGCAUGGAAUGAAGAGAGCGUAAUUUCAGAUUAUCUUCCUUUCUAACCAGCUCGUCGCACGGUACGGUUGCCGAGCCAUUAAGUUGUUAAGAUUUCAAGUUAGUGUUACUCAUAUUUUAAGUUUUAUUUUCAACAGUUGCAUUUAAUUUAUUGGAAACCGUCAAUAUGGGGAAAGAAAAGAUUCAUAUUAACAUCGUCGUUAUUGGUCACGUAGAUUCUGGUAAAUCUACCACCACCGGACAUUUGAUCUACAAAUGCGGUGGUAUCGACAAACGUACUAUCGAAAAAUUCGAAAAAGAAGCCCAAGAAAUGGGAAAAGGUUCCUUCAAGUAUGCAUGGGUACUCGACAAACUUAAGGCUGAACGUGAACGUGGUAUCACUAUUGAUAUUGCUUUAUGGAAAUUUGAAACAUCUAAGUACUACGUAACCAUCAUUGAUGCACCAGGGCACAGAGAUUUCAUCAAAAACAUGAUUACUGGAACAUCUCAAGCUGAUUGUGCAGUACUUAUUGUAGCUGCUGGUACUGGAGAAUUCGAGGCAGGUAUUUCCAAGAAUGGACAAACACGUGAACACGCACUUCUUGCAUUCACCCUUGGAGUAAAACAACUUAUUGUUGGUGUCAACAAAAUGGACUCUACUGAACCACCAUACAGUGAAGCACGUUUUGAAGAAAUCAAGAAAGAAGUUUCCUCUUAUAUUAAGAAGAUUGGUUACAACCCUGCUGCCGUUGCCUUUGUACCAAUUUCUGGAUGGCACGGAGAUAACAUGUUGGAACAAUCUGACAAAAUGCCAUGGUUCAAGGGAUGGAAUAUCGAACGUAAAGAAGGAAAAGCUGAUGGUAAAUGUUUGAUUGAUGCUCUAGAUGCCAUUCUCCCCCCGAGUCGUCCAACAGAGAAACCUCUUCGACUUCCACUUCAGGAUGUCUACAAAAUUGGUGGUAUUGGAACAGUACCUGUUGGUCGUGUUGAAACUGGUGUUUUAAAACCAGGUAUGGUAGUAGUUUUUGCCCCAGCCAACUUGACCACUGAAGUAAAAUCUGUUGAAAUGCACCACGAAGCCCUUCAGGAAGCUGUACCCGGAGAUAACGUUGGUUUCAACGUUAAAAACGUCUCCGUUAAAGAAUUGCGCCGUGGUUAUGUAGCUGGAGACUCCAAAAACAAUCCACCAAAGGGAGCAUCAGACUUCACCGCUCAAGUCAUAGUACUGAAUCACCCUGGUCAAAUCUCCAAUGGUUACACUCCUGUCCUCGAUUGUCACACAGCCCACAUUGCUUGUAAAUUUGCUGAAAUCAAAGAAAAAGUAGAUCGUCGUUCUGGAAAGACAACUGAAGAAAACCCCAAAGCCAUCAAAUCUGGUGAUGCUGCCAUUGUCAAUCUAGUUCCAACCAAACCGAUGUGUGUAGAAUCAUUCCAAGAAUUCCCACCUCUUGGACGUUUCGCCGUUCGUGACAUGAGGCAGACGGUCGCCGUAGGAGUCAUCAAGAGUGUAAGCUUCAAAGACCCUGGUGCAGGAAAAGUCACAAAAGCUGCAGAAAAAGCACAAAAGAAGAAAUAACCUUUGUCAACUCCUCGUUUAUUUUGAUAUAUUUACUUUUUUAUUUGGAGUUCAAACUUAUUUACUUUAAAAAUUGACAUUUGUGAUCUGUAAAUUAAACUUUGACUUUCAGAAGAAAAACAAUAAAAUGGUUUUCUGAUUAA